AUGCAACAAACUAGUCGAGGUACUCCAAAUGAACACGAAGCUCAAUUUCAGGGCAUUUUCGCUGGAAGAGACGCCAGUGGAGCCUCCGCUGGGAGUGACGCCAGUGGAGCCUCCGCUGGGAGUGACUCUGCUCCUGAGAACACUGAUGGGGUCGCCCAACAGCGAGUUAAUGAUUUGGAAGGAGGUCGCGUGCGUGUGCAAGUGAACAUCCACGGACAGUUAAUUUUGUGCACUUUAAUGAUGAUUCAUAUUCUCUGGACCGAAUACUUGAACAAAGCAAAGGAAGCUCUUGGUGUGGAUGAUUACCAACGGUUUUUGGAAAGUAUUCAAACUUUCAGAUCGGUAGUUUACGAUGGACUUACACUGCUUGUCAAUUUAAACGAUGAUACCAUGUCGACUAUCCGCUUAAUGGCAGGGGGCCAAUUCAUUCCAGCAACUGAGUUCAGAGUCACUUUGCUUCAGAAGUAUCAAGAACUCAGGGACAGAGUCAACCGCUUUGCAUCAACUGUGUUCCCUGACAAUCCUUGGGGUCGUCGGGCGAGUCGCCUUAGGAACAAAGUGAUCCGUAAACUUAACGAGGAUGCUCAGCUGAUAAUGUACUACUACGGUUAUAUGAUGCCGCGCUUCAGAGAAAUGGCUAUUGAGGGACAGAAGUUGAAACCGGGGUUCAAACAUGAAAAAACGAAUCUCUUCUUCGGUAUCUUAGGAACUUUGGCAUGGCUUUUCGGAAGUAUUCCCUCAGUGUCUGCACUGGAAAUGGCUAACGAAACGACGGCUUUUUUCGCAAACAUGGCCGUGGUUUAUCUGGAUCCACUCUUCAAGAAUCACAAGUCUUUGCCAUGGAAGUAUUGGACAUCUGCACAUAGAGUCUCGGUGUGUCUCAGCUCAUGUCUCUCAAUACUUUUGUCCAUCUAUUUGGUGGUUCUCAUCUUCAAACCCAGCCUUAUCCAAGACCUCCGGCACAAAUAUAGUGCGGAAAGAAAAGAAUCUUAUGAAAAGUGGAAGAGUAUCAGAGAGUCCCUCAAUGAAGCUUGGCCUAAGGACUUAUCGAAAGAGGAUUUCACCCCGGUCGGCCCUUCUGGGGUUCGGAUCGAUGGUAGUGACUUGGUGUCUGUUUACAAGGAAUUUCUCGCAAGAGUGGAGAUCAACACUUGCUGGGUAGAAGUGCGCGCCGAAGAGGUUCUCAGCGACUUUCCGUCAACGAAGAAAAAUCAGGCUCCUCCAAGACCCCCAACUCAAGCUCAUACCAGGUAA